CAGCUCCUUUUAUUGACAUCAGGGUUACAUUAGGUUUUACAUUAUCUCACUGUACAUCAGAAGGCAAUUAAAGGAAUCAGGGACCAAUGUGUACUCAGGAGAUUUCUAAUUAGCAAAGGGGAGCAGGGUGUGUACACUGUCUCAGCCGAAUCAACAUGGGCUUAUCCAAUUAUGGAUAAAGCAUUGUCAACCAGAAGCCCAACCUGUGUGAACUGUCAUUCACAAAUGCACACUAAAGUGGCCCAAAGAAGUAGUGGCGGAGUUUAUAACAGCACAACAUGUUGCUGGCUGUGGGAAUACCACUCCCUGGAUAACGGCUUUGUCAGAUGGAGAUUUCAGAUUUCUUCCGUUGCAAAAAGAGGCAUACAAAACCGGCUGGUGCUAUUUUGGAGGUAACAAGCAGCAAGCCUACAGACUCAAAUGGUUGUUUUUCAUGCCGAUGAAACCCAUCAGAUGAGUGAACUGCUUGCAGAUCUUGCAUGGUUUGCCUCUCAAAAGCGCACUACUUGUGGAAGGCAUUGCCAUUCUAGGCAGACUGUCUGAUGGUAAGGUGUAGCAUACCACAGAUGAGAAAGCAUUCCAUUCAUAAGGAAAAGUCUGCACAUGCUCAGGGGUAUUUUUUUGAUAGGAGUUCUUUUAAAAUACCUGCCAUGUGUUCAGAAGCACCCAACCCAAGAGGCUACAAUUUUCAAAAGCAAACAUUUGUACCACCAGCUUUUGUGUUUUCCUAGGCAUCUCCAGGCAGGAUAUGAGAGUACAGUUUCUCCGAUUUUGGUCGGCCAAGCUUCAAGAAGAAGAAUGGGCUGUGUGCAAAUUUCUAGCUCAGCUGGUACAGCAACAGCUUGCUACAGUUUGAGGCUUGUGAAAUAAGGACCAUAGAGCACAGUGGAGUUUCAGACAAUGUUUCUUCAUCAAAAUUUCUUAUUGGAGACACCUCCCAAUCAACUACUCAGCAAAUAAGAAAUGAUCUCCCUUCUGUGAACGUCGCAGGAAUCAGUCUGCCUAGAAAAUGAACACUAACAAUGCCUCAGAGAGUGGGCCUUAUCCCACAAACCAAAGACCCUUUUUUUAUGCACAUGCAACAGCACAACAGAGGUUCUCUAAUCCCUGGCUCCUUGGCCCUGUGUACAACCCAUACGGCAUCCCUGCUGCAGGCUUAAGAAGUGGCAAUCCAUACUUCCCAUUAUAUUCUGUUCCUUUCCACGAGUACCCUGGAUAUGUCGUCCCACAGCAUCCCAUGCAUGUGAGAGUUAACAGAAGACCUUAUUUUAAUGGUCACCCACCCAUGUUUUAUCAGGCCACACGGUUCAGGCAUUAUAGCCCUGGGAAACGAACAGAGACCAAAGAAACGCAGACUGAUGUUAGACAACCUGAAAGUAAGCCAAAAAAACAUCAGGAUCAUGGUAUAGAAACAAAAGGCUGUGAUGCUGGAAAUAUGGCUUGUGUCUCAUCUGCUGUUGGCAAAGGAAGUGAAAGUUCUUUAGAAGCACCAGAGAGGAUCAUAUCUUCUCCACUUUCAGACAGGGACUUUGCCAAGAGUUCUUCAGGUUCUGUACAGUUUCGAAGCCUUCCUCCACCAGGCUAUGCCUUUGAGAAAGAGGAAGUAAGAAUAGAGUAUGCCAAUGAUGGUGCACCUGCCAUUCAGCUAUGGAAGUCCUUCAAAGAAACAAUCCCUUUGUAUGAUGUGGCAAAAAAGGAGAAUGUAGUGCAAAGAGAUGUGUUUGCUCUGAGCUCCUGUGAAGAAGUUGUAUAUGGACCUAAGGAACAAGGACAGUUGGUGCCAAGUAUUUCCUAUCCAGAGGAGCAAAAGACUCUUGAGGAUAUGCAGGAAAGAGACGCUCAGUGUAAAGCAAAGAUGGAUUCAGAAAAACAGGGAUCUACUAGUUAUAGAGUAAGUUCUCCUGUAGAUGACUCUAGAGCAGUGCAGCUGUCUGAACCAUCUAGACCUGACCAGCUAGGGACAAAGCAAGAUGUGCUGGUGUCCAAAAGAUCUUCUGGAUUAAAGAGGUCCAGCAGUUCAAGAGCUCCUCAGGAUGUGUCAAACCUUGUUCAGCAAAGGGAGCUAUUUCCAUCUGGCAUGGAGAUAACAAAUGAUUCAUAUUUCCCUCAGAAACUGAAUGAAAAUGAUGUGACCAAUAAAGAAUGGACAACUUCAGAAACAAGUCUGUGGUGUAAUGAGUCAGAGAAAUACAUUCCUUCUGAAAGCUGGUUGGCUUGCUUAGAGAAUAUGGAUGCUAACUAUAACUAUGAUAUGUAUUUGUCCCGAAGAAAGCGUCCAAGUGUACUCAGUGUUACUUCUGACGAGACGUCUUCUGUUGAUGAAGGUUCAUUGAUUGACAAUACACCCAUGUCUUAUUUUGUCCCUGACUAUAUGCUUCAGAAGAGUACCUUAAAGAAAAGUAAAGAGGGCUUGGGGAGAGAGAGAAUUAAAAGUGGAGGCUCCCUCAAUGAAGAUGAGGAAGUAGAAGGGCAUGAGAAAGUCAGUAUUGGUUAUGGCCAGAAUUUGAAGAGAUGUUCAAAAGUCAAGGCUAAAGAUAUCUCCAGUCGAUCUAAAAAGCUGGGUAUUCUCCCCAUGUCUUCCAGCAGCAGGCAACUCUAUCCUCGCAAGAAAAAAGCUUCUAAGAGUUUCUCUCCAUCAGAAGCUGAUUCUGAAGAAUACUGGGUGAAGGAACCAGAGGAAGAGGAGGAAGAAGAGGAGGAAGAGGAGGAGGAGGAAGAAGAAGAGAGGGAAUACUUAAUUCAAGAAACUGUACCUUAUGGAACUUUGAACCCUAGUAAAAGUGGCCUCUACUGGACGACUGGCCAGAAGGUAUUCUGGAGAGUACCCAAAAACGUAGUACCAGCGCAUAUUAUUAAUUUGCCAUUACAAGAAAAAGUAAAAAUGUCUGGAGUGGCUACCAAAUUGAAGAUGGAGCGAGAACAAGGUGAGGAUCUCUGUGGUGAUUUCAACUUCUGCCUGAAGAAGCCUACAGCACACCAGCUAGAAGUGUUUGAACAUAGAAGAAAUUCAUCAAGACACGCAGGAAGAUUACAAGAGGAAGAAAGAAGGAUUGUGGAUGAUGACUAUUGGAUAAAAAGUGGUGUAGCUGAUGACUACUGGAUAAAAAGUGGUGCAAGACCCAAGUUUGCUAGCCUAACGCAUGAAGGCCUCUCAACCUCAGCCAAAAGCAGAGAAAAACAAGUACGCCCUGUUGCUGCAGACAACUUGCAUGUAGUAGACUCACCAAAGAAGAAAGGGGUGCAUAAACCUCCACAUAAACGCAGAAACACAAGGCAUGAUGAAGAAGUUCAAGAAUGGGAGAAACCAAAAACAUCCCAUCACAAGGGGCGUGAAGCAAGGAGAUCUCUUUAUAAAAGAAGAUAAGAAUUGUGAAACAUGUAAAUAUUUGCCUAUUAUUGUUUAGAUGAGUCAUUAAGUAUUUUUUCUUUUUGUAAGUAUCUCAGCAGGGUCUAAGUUGCACUGUUAAGGAUUCCUAAGUGCACAUUUCAAAAAUGUAUAAAAAUAAAUUGGACACUAAAAUGAAGGCAUGGGAAUGUAAAUAACACAAUAUUUAAAAAGAAAAUUAAAGGUAAAAUUGCACAACAAUGUUUUGUGGAAAGUUUGUAAUAUAAAGGUUAUUAAUAAUACUCAGACAUUAAACAAAGUGAUGACUGUAACUCAAUAAAUUCAUGAAUCGUGGGAGACAUUACCUAUUCCAAAAAACAUGACAUUUGCAUUUGGA